AUGUCACGCCCUCGGGCGAACGCGAUUAGUCCGUGUAUGGUGUUUCUUGACGCAACAACCAACCAUGAAUUCGAAGUGCUGGGGUAUCUGUUUCCCUUACUGGCACAGCAAACGGAACCCUCUUUAGGCGAACGCCUGUUUCGUCCUUGGAUUUUUUCCCGUCAAUUGACCCACAGAUCCCCACAAACACAUUGGUCGAUGUUACUUACCCACUAA